AUGUUUUUGUUGUUAUUGAUUGCAUCAAUAACACGAUUAGUUUUUUCUGGGAGCUGUGAUUACGACGAGUGUAUUGACUGCAGUUCAGUUGGAAAUUGCCAAAAAUGUUGUUCAGAAUGCCAUAAAGAUUCAAAUUGGGACAAUUGUUAUCGCUGCAAACGUGGUUGUUUGAGUUGUAAAACAGAGGAGUAUUGUAAUAACUGUGAAGUUGGAUAUUAUUUGUUGAAUGAAGGUCAAACAACUCAAACUUGCAAAGAAUGUCUUCCUUACUGUAAAACGUGUACUUCACUCAAUUUUUGUAUUUUAUGUAAAGAGGGGUAUUUCUUAGAAAAUGGAAAGUGUUAUCAAUGUGUCCCUGGUUGCGCUCAAUGCAGUAAAAGUGAUACAUGUGACAUUUGUGCAAGAGGGUUCCAAAAUAUCAAUAACCUUUGUUAUAGUUGUUCGGAAUUUUCAUGUAACACGGAAUGUCAAAUUGGCACUUUUCAAUUUGAUGGAAUAUGUCAACCAUGUCCAAAUGAAUGUAAAGAAUGCACAACAGAAAAUAAAUGUACGUCAUGUAAAGAAGGAUACUUUUUGAAUAACAUGAACAUGUGUGUUCAAUGUGAUUCAACAAAUGAAGGUUGUACGAAAUGUCUAAGUUCAUCUGUAUGUACAGAAUGUAAGAGAUAUUACACGUUGACAAAAAGUGGGCAAUGUUCGAGUUUGUUUUUAAAAGAACAACGUGAUAAUGUAUAA